CCGUCUCCGUCUGCCGUAGCGAGCAGAGCUGCCGCCAUGUCCGCCCACCUGCAAUGGAUGGUCGCGAACUGCUCCAGCUUCCUAAUCAAGAGGAACAAGCAGAGGUACAGCACCGAACCCAAUAACCUGAAGGCUCGCAACUCCUUCCGCCACAACGGGCUGAUUCACCGCAAGACUGUGGGCGUGGAGCCGGCGGCCGACGGCAAAGGGGUAGUGGUGGUCAUGAAGCGGAGAUCCGGCCAGCGAAAACCCGCCACCUCCUACGUGCGGACCACCAUCAACAAGAACGCCCGCGCCACCCUCAGCAGCAUCCCGCACAUGAUCCACAAGAACAAGUACUGCCCGGACCUGCGCAUGGCCGCCAUUCGCAGAGCCAGCGCCAUCCUGCGCAGCCAGAAGCCGGUGAUGGUAAAGAGGAGGCGUGCCCGCCCCACCAAGAGCUCCUGAGCCCCCCCCCCCCCCCCCCCCCCCCGC